AUGGGAUAUUUAACAGAAUAUUUAGCUUACAAGUUCGAUAUUUCUACGGGGUUUGUUUCAAAAAUAUGUACAACUUGGAUUUAUUUUUUGUACAAUGAAUUUACCACUCAAUUGAAGCCAUUAAUGUUUUCAUCUAGGAAAACAAUCGCCGAAACAUUGCCUAAAACAUUUCGGUCUAUAAAAAACAUAAGAGUUAUUGUAGAUUGCGCUGAAUUUUUUUGUCAAUCACCGUCAAACUUUGAACACCAAGGUAAUUUAUAUUCAAGUUAUAAAGCUCAUACCACAUUUAAAGUGUUGAUCGGAUGUACUCCAAAUGGAUAUAUUAGUUUUAUAUCUGAUGCAUUUGAGGGUUCAAUAUCGGAUCCAGAAAUAUUUAAAAGAUCAAAAAUAGCAGACUUAUUGCAACCUGGAGAUGUAGUACUAGCAGAUCGAGGUUUUACGGUUCAUGAUGUAGUUGAAGCUAAGCAAGCACAUUUGAAUAUUCCUCCAUUUUUGAAUGGAAGAGACCGUUUAACUGCUCAAGAGGAGAUUUUGACGAAGAAAAUAGCAAAACAACGAAUAUAUGUUGAACAUGUUAUUGGGCGCAUAAAAAAAUUCAGACUUCUUUCCUCAGUUUUACCUUUAAAUAUGCGUACUAUCAUGUCACAAAUUAUAUUUGUCUGUGCAUGCUUGGUCAACUUUCAAACACCUAUAGUUUUCGACGAAUGA